CUUACUGGUGCAAUGUGCAAUCAAUGAAGACUGGCUACCAGGCUGGUCCAAUUUAGCCAUGAAACCUCCCACACUAAAAUGACAGGUGUUUCAGUUUCAUUGUCCAACCCCUGUAUGUCUGAGGGUCCUCACUGGUAUAAAAACCCCACAGAGGCCGCGUUGGUGAUUUAUUCAGGCUAGGCUGUCAGUCAUUACUUGACCCCGCCCCCAAGCUCAUACCUGUCAAUCAAACCGUCGCCCCGCCCAUUCACAGCCUGCUUGCCCGUCGCGGAAAAAAAAAAACAGCAGCAGCCGCGGCCGUCGGGGAAGAGAGUAAAUAGAGGGAGAAGCCUCAAGAUGGCUGACUCGCAGGGCUCUGUUCACCUCUCCGGAGCUUCGUCUGUUGCUACUUCUCCUUCCGCUACCGGAGUCUCGGUCAAAAACGGUCUCGGUAAGGCAACUGAGUCAAAGGAAGCCGUUGACAACCACCCGCAGUGUUCCGUAGAUUUUAGCCCACCGCCACCCAAGAAGGUCCGAGUCGAGGAGAGGAGCGUUAAACCUAAGAAAGUCAGCAAGGAGGAUAGGAGUAAUGACAGAAACGGCAGCGGGAAAAAGAAAACCCAGCAGCUCACUAAACAGCAGAGUUGUGAUAGCAACAGCAGUAGCGCGGGCUUAUGGGGCUUCAGUCCGGUUAAGACGAGCGGCAGCAGCGGCAACCCGCCGGUGCCUGCUACCGGUGGAUCCCAUCCACUCAAAGUCUUCAAACAGAGCGAUUUCUUCCUCCACAAGGCGCCUUCCUCGAAACCCAAGUGUAAAGAUAAACAUAAGGAAAAGGAGGGAGAGACGGGGAAAGGAGGCGGGGAAGAGAAAAAGAAACAUAAACUGUUGACCUCCAAUGGUGGGAAUAAUGUUAGUAACAGCAACGCCAUUAAAGGGUUUAACAACAUUUCUGCAGCGAAGAGAGAAAAUGGAGAUGUCCUGUUACCAUCACAAGAAAACCCCAACAAGGACAAGACGAAGGAGUGUGAAAAGAAGGUCAAAGAACGAGAGAAGGAGAAGAAAAAGCACAAAGUGAUGAAUGAGAUCAAGAGAGAGAAUGGCGAAGUCAAGCAACCGAUUAAAGAAGAAAAAGAGAAAGCAAAGAUUAACUCUGAGGAGCUGCAAAUCAAAAAAGUGAAGAAAAAGAAGAAGAAGAAACACAAAGAAGGAGAGAAGCAGAAGCGAGUGAAGAUGUACCACCGCUCCUGUCAAACCAUCUGUGCCGGCCUGCUUCUCCUACCACCUUCUUCUUCAUCCGCCAACUCUUUCUCUUCCUCUGAGCAAACAAAUAACUCUUCUUCAUCACCUUUCAAGUCUCCUCCACCUGUUUACCUUAUGCCUAACAACAAAAACUCCAAUAUUGGGCCCUCUUCUUCUCCUCUUUCUUCCAAAUCAACCUUUAACUCCUCUAACUUAAAUCUCCCCUUUCCUACAAAACCCAACUCCCAGAGCCUCCAUCCUGGAUUGGCGGGUCUUGAGUUUGCCCCCUACAUUUAUAUAGAAAAGCAGCCUAAUGGAGGGGCUCUGGUAGCUCAUGCGUAUGCAUCGCAGCUGUCUUCUCUGUCCGUGGACCAGAGGCAGAGAUUUGCCCAGGAGUUUGUCACUUUGUCGUUCAGUGAGGACCCAUCCAAGGCAGCUCAUUAUGUCAUGGGAAUUGUCCAUGGAGAAGCCAAAAACCUACCUGACUUCCUGGAUUACUUUUCAACCAAGUUCCCAUCAGCUCCAGUCAAAAUGGAAAUACUUGGAAAGAAGGACAUAGAAACAACCACUAUGGCUAAUUUCUAUUCUCAGGUGAAGAGAUCUUACAGCCACGGUACGUACAGAGCUGGAGCAAUGAGACAGAUCAGCCUGGUGGGAGCCGUGGACGAAGAGGUCGGGGAUUAUUUCCCAGAGUUCCUCAGCUUGCUGGAGGAGUCCCCCUUUCUGAAGAGGACUCUUCCAUGGGGAACCUUUUCCAGUCUAACGAGCAUGAGUCCGACAAAGAGUGACGAUGGUCCAAUAAUGUGGGUCAGACCAGGAGAACAGAUGAUACCUGUAGCUGAUAUACCAAAGUCUCCUUUUAAAAGAAAGCGCUCCACUAACGAGGUAAAGAAUCUGCUCCAGUCGAUGCCCAGGACCAGCGAGCCCAGAGAGGUGCUCUUCGAGGACCGGACUCGAGCCCACGCUGAUCACAUCGGACAGGGCUUCGAGCGUCAGACCACAGCAGCUGUAGGGGUGCUGAAGGCUGUCUGUGCUGUAGGAAGCUCGGAGCCUCCUCGUGUAACCAAAGAUGUCGUGUGUUUUCAUGCUGGUGAUUUCCCUUACGUCGUUCAGAGGCUGCAGUUGGAUUUGUACGAACCUCCGCUGUCUCAGUGCGUGCAGUGGGUGGACGACGCCAAACUAAACCAGCUACGGCGGGAGGGCAUUCGCUACGCCCGCAUCCACCUUUGCCACGACGACAUCUACUUCAUCCCCCGCAAUGUGGUCCACCAGUUCAAGACGGUGGCUGCUGUCUGCAGCCUGGCGUGGCACGUUCGCUUGCAGCAGUAUCACCAAGAACAGGGAGAGGAGGAGCAGGCCAAGCUGAAGGAAGAGGAAACCGUGACGGUGGCUGAUGAGCAGGCCAGAGAGGAGAACAGGGAGACUGAAGUGCAGCAGAGGAUAAAGGAGGAGAUUGAGGAGAUGGAUGUGGCAGAAAAAAGGACGUUGCUGACUGACAAAGAGGAAGAACAUGAUGAUCGUUCUCUGUUGUCUCAACCCUCUCUCUCAGUAAAGUCGGAUGAUUUCUCAGAUGUCAGCAGAGAUGAAGAGGAGGUGACGGCAAGGAAAGAAGAAGGAAAAUCCAAAUGGGAUUCUCUUCCUACAAAGGUGAAGGCAGAAGCUCCAACUUCUCCUCUCUGUAAGAAUAAAUCACCAUCACCUCUUCCUCCUCUUGCUUCUCCAUCUCUUCAUAAGGACAUAAAAUCAAAAGCCUCAGCUAAACCUCACCAAAAUCUUCACUCAGAGAGCAGGACAGUGUCUUCCAGUAAAAAUAUUCCUUCCUUGCCUCAGAAAUCCUCCUGUUCUCCUCCUGACUCCAAGUCUUCUGCCUGUGUGUCGUCCUCGCCUUCAGCAGGAGCAGCCUUCACUUCUUCGAAGACUUUGUCUUCUACCUUUUCUCCUUCCUCUCUUUUGUCUUCAUCUCUGUCGGCUUCCUCUUCCUCGCUGACAAAUACCGAGUCUGUAGCAGAAGCUCCUGUAAAAACUCUCCCACCUUCCAGCGUUUCUUCUUCCUGCCAGCAGCCUCCCUCCUUCCAGUCCGAGCAUCCUAAGGAUUCGACCCGCCUGAAGCCUGAAGCCCUAACACAGGCGCGGCCAGAAGUGAGGCCAUCGCAGGGGAGAUCUGCUGAGGAUGUACAGACUCGUACCGUCCAGGCCGACCGAUGGACUCACCUGGCAGUGGAAACACGGACACAAACAGUCUCCGAGUCGGAGACGAGGACUCACAGCUCAGAUUCUGACUCCAGGACAUGUGUUGAUUUGCAGAAGCAUCUGGCACAGGAUGCCACGCGGCGAGGGAUGUACAUGCAGCAAUACCCACCCCAGCAACCCCCUCAGAUGCUUCCUCCUCCCUUUUCCCCUCUCCUGCCCCACUCCCAUCUUCCUCAUCAGCCUCCUGUCCUUCCCCAAAGCCCUAUGUCCAGUUCUCCGCAUCCCCAUGAGCAGCGCACUAUUAACUCUUUCCUCAGUCAGGGUGGUCCGCCACAUUCGGUUCACCUGAGCCACCUGCACCCCUCUCACCAGCCCAACCUCAACACACAGUCUCAGCCUUACUUCCAGCCUCCCCUCAUGGCCCCCUCCUCCUCCCCCCAGCCAAAUGCUCCUCUCACCAGCCCCCCGUCUCUCUCGCCUCAUUUCUCAUACCAUCACCAGUUUGCCAAAACCUUCUUCCCUCCUCCGCACCCCGGCUUCACCUCUCACCCCUUCCUUCCCCAUCAAUCCUUCCUCCCACAGCCGCCCGGUUCUUACCCACUGCAGCCACAGUACCAAACCUCAGCACAGGUGCAGCCUCAGCUCCAUCUGUCGCUGUCUUUUACUUCCCCUCCUCCCCCAUCCUCCACACCGCCUCCGCCUCCUCCCCCUUUCCUGCCUCCUCCUCCCUUACCUCAGCCCUCCCCUCCUAUCUUCCCCCCUCCCCCAGGGCAUGACGAUGAGCAGAAACAGAUUUUAUAGUAGUAUUUGUACAUAAUAAGGCUACAUUUAAAUAGCUGUAUAUGUAGAAGGUUUUGCUUUGACUGUGCUGUUGUAAAACUGUAAAAAGGAAGUGAGGAAGGAGGAAGUGUUAUCAAGCAGAGUGGGACUGAAAUACUGUGCCUUUCAUAAGUAUUUAUACCCUGAACAAUUUUUUUGUUACGCUGCAAACAUAAACUUCGUUGUAUUUUUUUGCGAUUUUAUUAUAAACCAACAUGAAAUAGAGCAUAAAUAUGUAAUGGAAGGAAAAUGCUACAUGUUUUUAAAAUCUAGGAGCAAAACUUCUGGAACGUUUGGCUUUUAGAACCAUUCCCACAUCAUGUUGCUACCUCCACCAUGUUUUGCAGCGGGGAUGAAUAGGCAGUGUCACCUAUCAUGUUAUUAGUAAAAAUCCUUUGAAAACCACAUAUUUUCCUCCCAUUUUGCAAUCAUGCACUGCUUUGUGUUGGUCUGUCACAGUCUAUAGUCUAUAAAAUCCCAAUAAAACACAGAGGUUUGCAGUUAUAACGUAAGAAAACGUAGUGGGUAUGAAUCCUCAUCCAAGGCGUUGAAUAAUCCCACUAAACUGGCUCAGAUUUUACUGAGAGUUGAAGUUUAAAACUGUUCUGUUUUAUUUCUGCUGCAGGUAGCUUUGGCUUUCAGAAAGUGAAGGGUAAACCUGUUUUUAGCUGUAUAUGAUGCAAGGUCAUGGUUCAAAUGAGGUCCCUGGUCUGUAGAUGGGUCGUCUGGUUCUGUUUUAUCCGUUUGGAGAUGGCAGAACCCACCAUCAGAUAUAGGAAGAAAAUGUAUCUAUUUAAAAGAGCUUUUUAGAUGUUUUAAAUAGAUACAACAAAAAAAGAGCUUUUUAGAUGUUUUUUUAAAUGAAAUUUGCAGCUAAUGCUUCCAUAUUCUGAGUUUAUUUAAUUCAGUUGUGUAUUGAUAUAAUAAUGCAUCAUUGCCUGUAAUGUAUUUAUCAGUACAAGUAGAUACAGAUAGUGGCUGGACUUUUCCGCCAUAUUGUAUUUAGAGCAAUAACGCUCGGCAAUAAUCCGCUAAAUUAAAACCGAAUUCUUUCUUUUUACCCACAUUUUUAAGUGGAAAAUUGAACACAUUAAUAAGGAGUGCAAUUAACGUCUCUGAAAGACUUUUCUAAACUUUUCAAGUGUUUCAUUGGCUAAAAGCAAUGUUGGAUACUCAACCCAAGACACCGUGUGAAUUGUAACUUAGACCGUUUGAAAGUAUAGAGGUCGUCUUGUACCCGUUGCCUUCAGUGGCAGAGCUCUAAUGUCAUUUUUAUGUCCUUUGGCUGUUUAGGUGAGUUUUGGUUGAGGAGGUUAAUUCAACCACAGCCAAGACUGUCUCAGGAAAACACCUCCAUCUAAAAAUCACUCUCGCCUUAAUGGUUUCACUGGUAGAUUUUUAGUAAAUUCUUAUCCAUGUUGCGAUUGGAGUUUUUUUUUUUUCGCACAUUUUUUUUUUGCUGUAUUAAACGUUUAAUCAUUUGGAUACAAGAACACUGAAUUCAAAGAGCAAUACACGGACGCAGGAGGUCAAAACUAGGCAUGGGCCGGUUACCGAGAUCAAAGAAAACCCAAGGAUUUAACAGCUGUGGUUUCAAAGCUUUAAAAUGUACCUUUGAAAUAUAAAAAUGUCAUUGUGUUUUUACAGUUUAAAUCCUUUUUAACAAAAUGCCAGUGGUUUCUCUGGCUGUAUGGAAAAACAUAAAGUAAUGCUGCGCUUCCCCUCCCUCACCUGUUGCUGCACACUGCCAGUCAGCCAGCUGGAAGAAGGCUCCUACAGUAUUUUGUCGGGAGUUGCAAAACACAUGAAAUUACUAAAUUUAGCGGGUUUUAUUUCUAAUUUUUGCUCCUGUGUAGGUAUCAAACAUAAAAUAAUUGUAUUACAUUUAUAUAAAGAAGUCAUUUUAACUGUAAUAAUCAAUAUGCUAUUUUAGCAGCAGUAGGUUUAACUGUUGCCUUUGUAUUUUAAAUAAAGCAGUUGGUUGAUUUGACACAUUUUUAUUUAAAUACCAAUAAACCAUAUCACGUUUACUCAAGGUUUUUAUACCGACCCAUGCCUAGUCAAGAGUACCCAAACGUGACCGGUAGUAGCACUUAAUAAAAAACUUUAUUUCUUUCUGCUCGCAGACAGAUCUUUCUGAUUCAGUAUUGGAUCUUUAUGGAAAAAACACGGCAGUUUCACGUUCUUCCAAGACUGUAAUUUAAAAUGUAUUCAAUCCUUCUUUUUCCGACACUUUAACAACAGAAGGUUCAUCCCCAAAGUGUUAUUUAUCUGUUUUCCAGUCUGCUUUUGCUACAGUGUUCAACACUUUUAUUUAUCAGCCAGGGACUGAUGUGACCUGUGUUUGACCCACAUCUGUGGAACUUUAAAGAUGAGAGCAGCUUUUUCUCACCAGUGUCUUUUUCUUUUUUGUCUAUAUUGGAGUACAGCCCACUUGCUGAUGUAGCCCACAACAUUUCUCCAGUGCCUGUCCUUAACUGUGAACUCCUCAGUGGUCCAGAGCCGCACAGCGCAGGGUGUUUUUUUCCUUUCGAGCCGCAGUUGAAGUUCUCUCUAAAGUACAGCCUUAAAUUGGGUUUCCAAAUCUGCUGAAAGGCCUCCAAAUAUCUGUUUCUAAUAAAGGCUUCUAGGAAUGCUAACCUCAAAGAAGGGGUUGAAUUAGUCUUCAUUAGACUCACCUCAGGCCUGCAAAAUCCAGAGAAGUAGAAGAAUAACGCCUUAGCUUUCUUUCCUGCCUCAGACGACUCACAUUGAGUGACUUAACUCUACUCUGUGUGGCUCUGGGGAGAUAAAGGUGAUAAUUAAGCACUUGAUAACAGUUGUACGGCGCUCUGCAGCUCUUUUUUUUGUGCUUUUGGGUUUAGAUCUUACGGAGACAUGACGGGAUUUGUUUUUUGUACAAUUGUAACAAAACCUUUGGCCGAAAACAGAUGUCCUCAGGGGCUAGCCUUGUUUUCACAGAGUUUAUUUAUACCAAGUUUUGUUUUUUUUAGUUAUUUCAACUGUCAGCACUGUAGUGUACAUAAGAGGUUUUUGUAAAGAGGGGAAAAAAAACUUGUAGUGUGGUUUCUACUUUAAAUAUGAGCCUAGCUAAUAAAAGGUUCAAAGUAUGAAAAUUGUU